AUGUCCGACCCCAAAAAGUACUCGGUGCGGUGGAUCUGCGCCAUCAAAGUGGAAUACGUCGCAGCGCAAGAGUUUCUCGACGAAGAGCACGAUCCCCCAGAAUACCUCUCCCAGCACGACAACAACAACUAUGCUCUGGGUAGAAUUGGCAGACAUAAUGUUGUGAUAGCCACGCUUCCUUUUGGAGAGUAUGGAACAAGUUCUGCGGCUGUUGUUGCCAGGGAUAUGAUGCAUUCAUUCCCUAAUGUCCGGAUUGGCCUGAUGGUUGGCGUUGGUGGCGGCGCCCCCAGCCUAAGUCACGACAUCCGCCUGGGUGACAUUGUUGUCGGCGCUUCUUCUGGUGGCAAAGGUGGAUUGAUUCAGUAUGACUUUGGGAAGAAUCUUCAGGGAGAUAGCUUUCAACCUACAGGGCUCCUAAACCAGCCACCAUUUUUAUUACGAACAGCGUUAGCCGGCCUUCAAAGUCAUUACGAAAGAAAGGGUCAUAGACUUGAAGAGGCAGUUGAUGGUGUGCUUGAGAGAAACCUCGAGGUUGGGAAUCCAUCAGACCUGGUGGUCCGAAUCGAUCGUGCCGAGCACGAGGAUGACCCGGCGGUUCACUACGGUUUGAUCGCUUCGGGGAAUCAGCUGAUGAAGAAUGCGAAAGAGCGCGACAGACUUGCGUCAGAAAGGGGGAUCCUUUGCUUCGAGAUGGAGGCGGCCGGGUUGGCGAACCACUUUCCCUGUCUAGCUAUUCGCGGCAUCUGUGACUACUCAGACUCUCACAAAAAUAAAGAGUGGCAGGGAUAUGCAGCUAUGGUAGCGGCGGCAUAUGCGAAAGGCCUUCUCUGUCGAAUACCCCCUAAUAAGAUUGAGGUUGAAGAAAAGUUGUGUGAUAGCCUUUCUGGUCUUCGUAGAGUCGCACAACAACAGAAGAAUAUUGCAGAGGAGCAUUUGGGAGUUGCGAAACAAGCUCACGACGCAGCAGUGACACGUUUCCAUCUCCAGCGCGAAACCGAGACGGAGAGACUCGAGGAGGAGUGCCACCAAUUAUUCCGCCUUGCUACCACUGGCAAGGAUGUCACAUACGAGUGGUAUAAAAAUCGAGUUGAAGAAAGAAUCGAAGGCACAUGCAUGUGGCUGCUCGAGCACCCUAGCUUCUCUGCCUGGAUGGAGAAGGCGUCUGGCCCGCUGUUGGUCACCGCAGAUCCAGGCUGCGGAAAGUCGACGUUGGCCAAAUUCCUCAUCGACCUCUGGCUACCACGAUCAGAUGUCAUCUGCUACUUCUUCUUCAAGUCUCAAGACCAGGACACCGUCCGCCAGGCUCUAUGUGCAAUCCUCCAUCAGCUCUUCUCUCAGAUGCCGCUUCUCAUCAAGCACGCAAUGGAAGAAUACCGCAGGAAUGGGCCAAAGCUAAUCAAUUCUACUUCCUCUCUGUGGGAGAUCUUGAAAAAUGCGACGCAAGAUACUAAAAAGAAGACAGUGACUAUCGUACUUGAUGCUCUAGACGAGUGCGUCGAAGCCGGAACCCAAGACUUGAUGCGAAAUCUGGAAAGCCAAUUCCAGAGCCCCUUUCGUCCUGAGAGGCUGAAAUAUUUCCUCACUUGCCGCCCAUACAGUCAGAUAGUGUCCGGUUUCCAUGGUCUACUCAAACGGUUCCCUAACAUUCAUAUUCCUGGAGAGGAAGAGUCAGAAAUUAUUAGCCAAGAAGUGAAUCGGGUCAUAACCUUUCGAAUCAACCGUCUAUCUCAGAAGAAGCAGCUCCCAACCCAGGUCAAGAAUCAUUUAGAGAAGAAAUUACGGGAGCCAGUCCAUCGCACUUACCUAUGGGUAUAUCUUGUCUUUAACUACCUAGACAAGACGGACUUUAAACAGACCAUAAAGGGUUGUGAAGCAGCUAUAGAAAAGCUUCCUACCAGCGUCAACGAGGCAUACGAACAGAUACUUAGAAGAACCAAAGAAGAUACCAUAGUUCGCAAAGUCUUGGGCAUAGUCUUGGCUUCCAGACAGCCGUUGACUAUUUCAGAUAUGAACGAUGCGAUUAGUGUGGACUACAACACGCGUUCAAUAAAUGAUCUCGAUAUGGAAUCAAAUGACGUGUUCAAGAUGCAUCUAUGUGGGCUAUUCAUCUCCGUCCAUCACGAAAGAGUGUAUUUGCUUCAUCAAACGGCUCGCGAGUUUCUGGUUGCAGAGUCUACGAUACAUGAUAGGGCCACUACUCUGUCCCUGCAGCGAUGGCACCACUCCUUCACGAUGAAAGCGGCUCAUGCUAUCAUUGCAGAGGCUUGCGUGCUUCACCUCAACUUGAUGAACUCGAACGAUAUUGAAGAGACUACCAAGUUUGGGGAUUGCGAAUCGAACUACGAAGGAAAGAAUACGGGACAUGCUAGCGGCUCUUCCUAUCCAAUCGUCUUUUCAUAUUACGCUAUCGCGAAUUGGGUUUUCCACUUUCGCAAUGCCUCUAUCAUAGAUGGUAACCCUAUCAUCCCACUUACUUUAACAAUCUUUGAAAGAAGGUCGCAAAGCUACUCGCUCUGGCUCAGGACAUUCUGGGAGCAUGAACAUGGGGGAAGCCCUCCCGGGGGUCUGACAGAUCUCAUGGUUGCCGCCUCUUUCAACAAUCGCCCUAUUAUCAAGGUGCUUCUUGAGCACGGCUCCGAGGUCGAAGCAAAGGAUACCAAAUUCGAACGAACGGCGUUAUCGUGGGCAGCCAAGUCGGGCAGUGAGAAGAUCAUUGAGAUCCUGCUUGAGAACGGAGCAAACAUCGAUUCGACUGAUAUAUACGGCCGCACCCCGCUGUUGAUUGCUACGUCAACUGGGCAUAAACACGUUGUUAAACUUCUUCUCAAGAAAGGAGCAAAUACCAACGCUAAAGAUAGAGGGGGUUGGACGGCAUUGACCACAGCUACGGGAAAUGGGUACGAUGAUAUCCAAAGCUUGUUUUUAAAAUCAGAAUCUACUCGAAACCCUACAUGA